CAGCGGCCAUGCGCAAAUGGACCCAGAGGAGGGCUGUGCUGUGUAGGCUGGUGUCUACAUAAGAUCCCUCUGCCUGCGGGACCGCACACACAACGCCGACUGGAAAUCACAGACAAGACUGGAACCCCCACUUGGAUUUGAUUUUAAUCCACCGCGGUGAUUUUAUGGGGAAAACAUAAAUCAAGAUUGACUGACGGGUACCUUGGGAUCUCCCACCUCCUCCUUAUUUCUGACCAGCUCGGACCGCGGAUGUAAAGAGCAAUAACGAUGCGGCGGCUCUGCUGUUAACUCGUUUCAUCCUCCUGUUUGCUCUUUUUAUUCGCCGGUUCUAUCUUCAGGAGGCAGAAUAAAUCCACAAUGAAGCUCAAGCCGAACCAGACCAGGACAUACGAUGGCGAGGGCUUCAAAAAACGAGCAGCAUGUCUGUGCUUCAAGAACGAACGUGAAGAAGAGGUUUUGCUUGUCAGCAGCAGUCGGCACCCAGACCAGUGGAUCGUCCCCGGAGGUGGGAUGGAGCCAGAAGAGGAGCCGUGUGGAGCGGCAGUACGAGAGGUGUUUGAGGAGGCUGGUGUAAAGGGCAAGCUAGGACGUCUGCUUGGUGUGUUUGAGCAAAACCAGGAUCGGAAACACCGGACGUACGUCUACGUGUUGACCGUCACAGAAACACUGGAGGCCUGGGAAGACUCUGUCAACAUAGGCCGAAAGCGGGAGUGGUUCACCGUGGACGAGGCCAUCAAAGUGCUGCAGAGCCACAAACCUGUCCAUGCAGAGUACCUUAGGAGGCUUCAGCUUAGCUGCUCUCCAACCAAUGGAAACUCCAUCCUCCCCAGCCCCCCACCCAACGAUAACUACCCCCAUUACAGCGCUACAGCCACCACCACCUCAACGGGCGCCGUGUUGGGCACCUCCUGCAGAUAGGACUGCACCUGAACGUCGAGUCCCGUCAAGCAGGGACAGCUGACUGAAAGUCUGUACAGUCUUGCAUGAAUCUAAUGACUCUUCAGAGUAACGGCUUUCCCUUGUCUAUAAUUUCCCAUUUUAGCUGCAGGACAGACCAAAGCCGUGGCUAGAACUGUUAAAGACUCCUGGUGGAGCUGACUAAAAACUCUUGACAGGAAAACUGUGGAUAUAAAUAUUUCAAGAACACUUUUUCUUUUGCUGACAAACACCAGACAGAUGACCUGCGGCUUGAGAACGCUAAGCUUCAGUCGUCUCUUCUGGUUUGAAUGCCGUCAUGAAAGAAUGCCUUACAAUAACUCUGUUUGAAUGUUAUUUUUGAGUUGUUUUAUUUCACUGACAGUUUUUUAUUUCAUUUUUAACAGAAUGGAUUUGCUUUUUAGUCAAUAAAAGAGAAAUUGACCACAAAGCACAUCCAUAUGGGGAAUGUUUCCAGGUUUUCCAAUGCCAUAGUCUUUAACCCAUGAUAUUAACAAAUAAUUUCAUAUUACAUAACAUAAAUCCAAUUCUAAAUGAAGGAAUCCACUUCUGAUACAUGUCAAGGCUCUCUGUUGCAUUUAAUUUAUGUUACACCAUGUUAUCAAUAUUGUCAUUUUUAUGUAGCAUAAGAAAAUCAAAGCAGCCUUUAAUAUUUGUUUCCCAGAAUAUCAAUAAUGGCAUUAAAGUAGAAGUAACUAAAGCGAAAACAUCUUUAAACUUCUGUGAGGAGUUUUUAGCCUGUUGUGACACAGACUGAAAUUAUUAUCAACACCUCUGUAUGAGCAACAAAAACAAAUGAGACUAUGUGGGUAACAGUUGAGAAUUUCUAGAUUAUUUUGAAUAUUUGAAACCACAGGGUAGGUGUCAGAGAAAAGCAGACUUUUCCUUUUUACAUUUUCCACAACAAAUUCCCAGUAUAAGUUAAAAGUUUGACUGUAAAAUCAAAGCAGUUUUCUAUGUGGAAAAUGGUAUCACUUUGUCAACAGGGGGCACCAGAUCAACACAAGCUAAAAGUUCCUCACAGGAGCUUUAAACAGUCAACUAUAAGGGGGUAAAAACGCUAAAUGGCACAACAGAAAUGGAUUUUAACUCUUUACGUCAGGCUUGAAGGUCAUAGAUGCUCAUAUCUGACACCACAGCUGUGAGCGAGUUGAUACCUCAGUAAAUGAAAACUGGAUCUAAGUAAAGACACUGUGUUUGUUAGCCUUUGACACGACACCACUGUGUUUAUAGUUAAACUUCAACCAACGCCUAUGACCAUACGAGUCUGCUAGCCUUGACCGAUCCAACGAACCUGUCUGUUGUCCAUUCGAGCCACAUGCCAUUCACACCUUUCCCAGGCUGUUAAAGUGUUUCAUGGCGUAACUUCCAUCUCUGCCUUAGGUACUGCAUGCUGCUAGGGUCAGUUGAGUUUAUCUCAACUCUGGUACUCAAAAAAGUUUUUUUUAUCACAUUAUUUAAAACUGUUCUACAAAAGAAAUGUUGAGCAGGUUUUUUUGUCUCAUGGUGCUGCAUGGCUAAGAUAAAAUUAGCCAUCUAGGAGCUUAAAAUCCACAUACUGCAUAACUGUUCUGACUUAUUUGCAACCAAGAGGGCACAUUUCUUCUUGGGCUGGGUUGAACAUUUUUAUUUGUGUAGCCUUUAAAUUUGCCCACGAUAGUUUAAGAUUGCCCUUUAAAGCCCCCGGUAUAAAGUUUUAACUGGAUUUUGAAGCAGGCUGAAUGAAAUGUUAAUGCUUUCUUAUGAGCUACAAAAUUAAGGUCCACAAUUAGUGCUCUAAUUUUUCUAACUGUGAUUAAUCACAUGCUUUAUUGUCCCUUUCAGCACGUUGGUUAAGACAUAUCAGUGCCUCCCUGCAGCCACAGUGAUGUGAAAUAAGUCCAACACUGCUUCUUAAAGUGUCAUUUUGCUUUAAAAACUCACAGACUGCUCAGUGGACAAGUCCAAAGUCAUCUGAACCUUUUUGAAUGAUCUCUUAUUUCAUUUUCAAUCCAUAACAAGUUCUCUUUUCCAUGGUCCAGUUUAAAUCUUCAAUCUACCUCUAGGAGCAGGUCUGUAUCCAAAAAGGAAGUCAGUCACCCUUAAUUUAAGACAGUAGAACAAUCCAAAAUGACAACAUUAAAUAGAUAAAAUGCAAGAGUGGACUUUUAAAAUGUGGAAAAAAGGGUGUGAUUAAUUGCGAUUAACUAAAGAAUUUUCUGCGAUUAACAUGUUUAAUCUUUUGACAGCCCUAUUAUUUUUUUAGAGCUAAUGUUCACAUUAAUUGAAACAACUAAAUGUUACUUUUCUUUCCCAGAAGUCAUUUUGUAAGCAGAAACAGGACUACAUUGUUAAAUGUAACACCUGUCCACAGGGGGGCGCCACAUUGAUUCAAACCAAGAGCUCCUCACAGGAUCUUUAAUUAAAGGCCAGCUCAGAUUACACAAACUAAGCCAGAUUUUGCCCCAACUGCAUUGUCACAGCUGAUUCGAUUUGACAAGACUAGCAUAUCAGAAUUUUUGUUGCAGUGUCGUCUAGUUCAGUGCUUCUCAACUGGCCGUGCAGAAGGACCCACCAACACCUCCUUACGGGAUACUCUGACCCAAUUUUUUCAAAAUAUUCAAACUCUUAAAUUUUUUUAAAUGGAAAUGUUACAGUUUGGAUCAUAAGCAGAACAAAACAGUAGAAGGACAACUAUGCAUACAUUUUAGUUUAUUCCUUUUUUCCCAAUAAAUCAUGGAAAUUUGGUAAUUUCUCUAGAAAUACCCUGAUUAGCUUGGGAGAUCCAACCUUGUUAUCCAGAAUUAGGAGAUAAAUAAGUUAAAAUCUUGAGAAAAAUAAUGGAAUUUCCUUGUCAUCACAAGAAAACCUAAGAAAAAAAUGUACUGUAUGUCCACUUAGGGCUUUUAUACAUCAUAUACUUCUUGCCGCAUAUUUUUUUUCCUGGCAUACAUUUGCAACCCACUUUUGGGUCCCGGCCCACUAGUUGAGAACCACUGGUCAGGUAUGUGCAUCCUUAUGCGUACCAAUAGGAGACCAAAGCGAAUCCCUUCUUUUCUCCCUCCGCGGGUUUUAUGUAUAUCUACAAUUUAAACCUUAAGUGUUAGCAAGGCUAAUUAGGCCAUAUUUCUUUAAGUUAUCACAUUCAUACCUCACGUUCUGUCUAAAAGCUAUCCGGUCCAUAUUGUCGUCCUCCAUAAUUGUUUUGCAUGAAAAAGCUAGCAUCACAGAGCUCUUCUGUUGUAGCGGUGAUUGCUACUUUUCAACCCGCCUCCUUGAUAACCUGUGAACUGUGGGAUCACACUUGUAAUGUGGCCAGGCUGUCAGCCAAGACGGGACAAGAUUUAAGUCGCACAGUCUGACAUGGUACCGUCAUAAAAAAAACAAAAGAAUUGUGCAGUCUGAGCCGCCCUUAAGUCUAAAGAGUCCCUGAUCCAAGUUUUGUGUUCAAACUGCAACCUGUACCAGAAAAUCGGAUUAUAAUAAUUUAAACAAUCAUACAUAACUUUAUUUGUACUUUUUGAAUGUUUCAAAGGUGAAACAGACUCAUCCAUGUCUCUGGUUCAAAUGCUCUCUCCAUGUGACUCCAACUACACACUAUGAUGCAAAUAUAGACAGAAAUCCAAAGAGAAAUGGAUUCAAUCCAAUAGCAGUUCCAAUGUUACAUUUCAAAUAUUUAUUUUUCUUAUCUAGCCGUUCUCACUGAAAAGAGGCGCCCUCUCACUCCUGUUCUAUCAGCUGAAUGACGACUAGUAACCACACAGAUUUGUAAAUAGCUUUGAAGAGCCACAUUGUGUUUUUAACUUGAACGGACAUGUAAAUUUUCUCUUAAUAUUUUAUAUUUUUUCUAAAAAUGUAUGAAUGGCAGGAAAAAAAAACCCACCAAGAACAGUAUGUACAGUAUGUUUGUAUCAACGACCAUGUGCCACAGGUUUAGGAUGCUGGUAUGGAGUUUGUUUGUCUUUGACAAAGUUAAACAUACAGACAGUUAAAACUUUAAACUGAAUUUUGCAAAUGUUUGCCCAUUGAAGUCCCUGUAAAGUUGAAUCUAAACUUUGUGUCUUAACACACUAGAUGUGUUGGAAUGAGGUUGUGUUAACAUGUGGAAACAGAUCUACAUGCGACUGAAUUUUGGAAUUAGACCAUUAGAAAGUUGUUCACCCUUUUCCUGGCUUGGUUUUAUUUGAGCAGGACGAAAAAUGUGAGCCCAUGACAUCACCGUUCUUGAUUGGGAUUUACCCUAACGCUACAAUGAAAUAAAAUCACAGAGCAGUUCAUCACAGUACAGUGUGUUGUUAUGUGAUGUCACUGCCUUUAUUGAAAGUUAACAGUCGACUACAUGCUCUUUUUGUUCACUGUGAGGUAAAUUUCCCAAAUCAGCCACAGUGGCCCACAGAUCAUUGAAAGUAUCAUAACGAGAGAUCUGUGCCAGAAAACAGUACAUUUAAUCCCAAACUUCUGUCUCUCCACACUGGCACAGAGCCAGGCAAGAAUACAGGACUGUAUUCCUUGUGAGUGGGUGUGGCUUCAGCUCAUUCUGACACGCCCACACCACUAGAGCAGAUUUUACUGUCUUGUUUUUCAUGUUUUGAAGCUUAAUUUGAUCAACUUAGAGAUGUUUUUUCGUGACUGAAAUUUGGCCUGGUGGUUCAUAACAUGGUGGCCUGUCAUACAGCAAACCUAAAAUAAAGUUUUUUUGUAUCACUUUACAGGGACUUUAAUAAUGCCCUUUAGAAUGAGACACUGAACAAUCCAGCACAAAAUGAGGAUUUAAAGAUUGAAUCUUGAAGAUUUAAAAGUGCUUGUACUAUCUCGUCUUUUUACAAACUACAUAGCUUCUUACUAAUCGUUUUGUGUCAGACACAUAUUUGUGUAAUAAUGAUUAUUGACAAUUCACGAAAUUGGGAUUUUAUAACUUUUUAGGAGGAAGAAAUGCAAUUUUGGAAAACAAAAGCAGGAUGUGUUGACCAGAGGAAGCUUUAUAUUUAAUAUAUCAAAUAAUUUAAUGCUUGUCAAAGCUUUUUUGUUAGUGUAAAAUCUUAUCUCCUCACUUACACCUCUACCGACUACUGUAGAACUUUGAUCUCUUUAAGCUGCUCCACGAUAAAGUCCCAUCUGCAGACAUCACAAAUCAGCAAUCAUAAAUGAUGAGCCUUGUCUGGAGAAUCCAGCGACCUUAAAGCUCUAUGAGUGUUAAUGUGUAUUCAUGAAUGUGAAUUAAUGUGCCAAAUUGAAAAUUAUGUAAGUGUUCAGGUGGUAAAGUCAUUUUAAAGAGAUUUUUAGACUAACUGCUUUGUGGAAAAGUCAUUAAAAAAAUUAUUUGAUAAACUUAAUUGUCAUAUUAGAAUAAACUCUUUUAAAAUGUGCUAGUUUUUAGUGAUUAUGUAAUUAUUAUUGUUGAAUUUAUGACUACUAAACCACUGGCACUUACUUUUUACUUAAUAAUGAUUCUAAAAUCCACUUGGCAAUCUUUUACUACAAUCCAGAUCAUUAUUGAUUAACCCAUUUAUGCUGAGUCUUUGCAGAUCAAUAAUGCCAUCAAACACCUUCUCAUCCACAUGCUGGAUUCUAUGUUUGGAUCUAUGUUGAUCUGUGAAUGCCCAUUUUAUGGAUGAAUCAUGACCAUAGGGAUACAAACCCCUGAAUGAAAUGUAUGUGCUCAGGUACAAAAUGACACAAGCAUCCACUAAAUGAGCGCUGUUAUGUGAAUUAAAGACAGCAUGAUUGUUUGCUCAACACACUUUUAAUGUUGCAUGAUGUAUCCAGUACAUUUUUAAUCAAAAGUUUUGUCUCCAUUUUGUCAUGAAUAUUAUUCACAGAAACUUUAAAUGUGAAAACCUGGACUGGAAAGAUUGUUUUUGAGAAAAGAUUGCAUUAAAGGGGAGAAAUUGUAACUGUCGUUGCUUCUUCUUUUCAUGUAAAAGCAGCUGUGAGGCAAAAUUAGGAUGAAAUAAAUGUUGUCGUCGGGCCCCACUGUAAAAAUUUGAGCUACCUCCCACCCUUACCCUCUAUUCUCAGCAGGGAUUAACAUCUCCAUGU